CUCCAUCAUCCUAACCCUUCCCCAAGAAUUUAUCUACUGUUCCCUCUUCCCUCUCCCAAAAUCACUCAAUCACAGACUUUCAAUUUCUUCCUCGAUCUCUUCCGAAUUCUUCUGUGUCUCAUCAUCCACAUAUCUUGCCGAAUGAUCACAAGAGACAGAGGCACUGGUGGUGGCGGCGCAACCCUCGCCGUCUUUAGAGAGAGGAACAGUUUCCGGCGUCCUAAGUCUGCAACGCUCUUGCAUUCUGAAUCCGGUCGCGUUUCGACCAAUCAACAACAACAACAACAACAGCAAGAUGAGACUAAUUAUUACUUGUCACGCCGCAACAGCAAUGCCUCCGCGGGAUCUUCCUUGAGCCGUGACACAGACGUAGACACCACCUCCUCCUCUUCUCCAUACUUUAUUUCGCCAUUGAACCAAUCGUCCCGUUAUUAUAACAGGUCACCAUGGACUCAAGCUUCCCCUAGGACAUCCAUGGAUGAUGAUGACAAAAACAAAUUCCCUCAUCACGGUUUGAUUGGUUCGAUGGUUCGCGAAGAAGGCCAUAUAUAUUCUCUGGCAGCUUCUGGAGAUUUGUUGUAUACUGGGUCCGAUAGCAAUAACAUUAGGGUUUGGAAGAAUUUUAAGGAGUAUUCUGGGUUUAAAUCAAACAGUGGUUUAGUUAAAGCCAUUGUUAUCUCCGGCGAUAGGAUAUUCACCGGCCACCAAGACGGUAAAAUCAGGGUCUGGAAACUCUCUCCCAAGAAUCUCCGGAAACCUUACAAGAGAUUGGGAAGCUUACCCACCACCAAAGACUUGGUGAAGAGCUCGUUCAACCCCAGAAGCUACGUGGAGGUUCGCCGCCACCGGAAUGUUCCAUGGAUCAAGCAUUUCGACGCCGUUUCGUGCAUGAGCUUGGACGAAGAUCAAGGGCUUCUCUACUCUGGUUCCUGGGACAAAACCCUCAAAGUUUGGAGAAUAUCGGAGUCGAAAUGCCUAGAAUCCAUCAACGCCCACGACGACUCAAUAAACUCUGUGGUGGCGGGCUUCGGGGGAAUGGUCUUAACGGGGUCAGCCGACGGGACGGUGAAGGUAUGGAGGAGGGAAUUAUUGGGGAAGAUUUCAAAGCAUGUUUUGGUGCAGACAUUGUUGAAGCAAGAGAGUGCGGUGACGGCGGUGGUGGUGAACGCUCCGCCGGCGAUGAUAUACUGCGGGUCGUCUGACGGGCUGGUGAAUUAUUGGGAGAGUGAGAAGAAGAUGGCCCACAGAGGGGUGAUUCGCGGCCACAAGCUGGCCGUGCUGUGCCUGGCCACGGCGGGGAACAUGUUGUUUAGUGGAUCCGCGGAUAAGAGUAUAUGUGUGUGGAGGAGGGAUGAGGGUGGUGACCACACCUGCUUGUCUGUUCUGACCGGCCAUUGUGGGCCCGUUAAGUGCUUGGCCGUUGAGGAAGAUCACAACGAGAAGGCCGGUGGUGAUGAUCGACGGUGGGUAGUAUAUAGUGGGAGUUUGGACAAGUCGGUUAAGGUUUGGAGAGUUUCUCAAUACGCGCCUGAUUUUCAGCAGUUUCAAAAUAUGUGAAUUCAUGUGCAGGACUAUGGUGAUUUACUGGUAUGGUACAGAACUUUGGUUUUUUUGACAAAAUAGUGGCGUGCAUGGUCUACGGCUCGUAAAAUUAUUCAAUCUACUUGGUAUCAUAUCAUGUGAUUAUAACCUCUAUCAAUAUAUAAACCCCGCGUCUUUUUUGUAAUUCAACAAAAUUGUAAAUUUUACUUUCUCCAUGAAUCAUAGAUAUCACUUGACUAA